GUGUACAGAGAAAGAGGAGUCAUCAAGUUGGCGUUGCAGCAGACUGCUGCUCUUGCAUUGGCAUAUUUCUCUUCUCUCUCUCUCUCUCUCUCUCUCUUUCACACACACUCUCUAUUUCUUCUCUCUUUUUUCGUCUCUUCCAGAGUAGAGAGUGAAAAUCGUAGUAGUGGUGGAUGGUGGUGAUGGGUGGUGAUGGUUAAAAAAUUAAUAUGGCGUUGAUGUCGUGAAAGUAAAAUCCUUGAAACAACAACCUCAAAGUUUUUCACUAGGUUUUGCAUUAGGAUUCAGGAUAAACGAAAUAAACACGAAUCGUUGAGUUUCAACACGAGUUGAGUUAUCUCUGGGGUUGGUGUUACAUCCCAGAGAUUUGAGGAAAGUGAAACGAGAGGAAGAAAAGGAGAAACAGGAGAGAGAGAGAGAGAGAGAGAGAGAGAGAGAGAGAGAGAGAGAAGAAAAAUACUGGAGUAGGUUCAUUGGUUGAGUUUGAUUCAUUGGUUCAUGAGGUGAAGUGAGGUGGGAGUUGGGGUUGGGGGGUGGGGGUUGGAGGAUCAUGCAGGGAGAGCAACUUAGAGGACGCACCUCGCGAGCGUCAUCGACUUCCAGCCUCGGACGUGAGGUUCGUUGUGGUUGUCAAUAUUAUCAAAGUGAUUCAUUAUUACCGGAACGUCAAGCAAGAAUUGGGAGACCAUCUUCCAGGACGGGAGGAAUGCAAGAAUUACCACCAUCUUCUAGGUUACCAUGCAGCGAGCAUGAGUAUGAACCAAUCGGAGCACCACCAUUGGUUACAUUACAUCAUCCGGUGACGGCACCAGUUGUACAGAUCAUCGACACGGACGUAGUGCCCGUCGCUGACAGCGACGACAGCAUCGACGAAAGAGGCCUUUUGCCAUCCAGAUUGAUCCUAGGCGGUGAUGUCAUUCUACCCUUGGAUGGUAGAAUCGAAGAUGUCGCUAUGGAAGGACAAGAACUUGGUGAAACUAUUGGUGAUACGUCCGAGGAACAAGACAGUCCCCAACAAAUUCAAGAAAGAUUGGAAGAACGUUAUUUGAGUACCCCUAGCCCUGUCAUUGUCCCCCCUACCCCGACCACUGUCACCACCACAACAACUCCUGGCGCCGAGUCUAGAACUGAUGACGAAGUCAACACCAAUCAGAUGGACUCAUCGGCGUUGGAGGAGUCACCUUUACGCCGUGAUUCUAGAACGAUACCGCAACGUUUGAAAAGUCAAGCGGGUAAAUUGAGUUCACGGUUGAGGGGUAUACAAAAACCAAAUUUUUCUUUUACAAAACGAAAACAAAAAUCUGAAAAGACUAGGACUACGACUACGACUACUACGAGUAGUGGAAAAUCGGAUAAAUCUAGAACAGAUAAAAAAGUACCUAGCAGAAUGGACAGGAUAAGAUCGUCGUUUUCAGAACGUCCACGUUUCAGUUUACCAGAUCGUCCAAAGUUUAAUUUCCCUGAUCGUUCAAAAUUACGUUUACCGGACAAAUCGAAAUUUCGUUUUCCGGAAAAAGCUAAAUUCAGUAUGAAACGUCCUAACAUAAGUUUGCCUAACGCGUUAAAACGUAAAACUUUGAAAAAAACUUCUUCAAAGGAACAACAGCAACAACAACGUUCAACCGAUUCAACGAUUGGUGACUCGCGUAGAAAUAUUUUUGAUUUUUCAACGUAUCCCCGUAUAUUCGAAAAAAAAUCGAAAAAACGCCAUGACGAUGAUGACGAUUACGCGGCAACGUCAUCACCAAAAGAUUCCCGUGGACAAUCGCAAGAGAGUGCAACCUUUCCACGUGUUAGAAAAUCUUAUCCAUCGACUACGGCAAGUUGGGCGAUUAGAUUCGGUGAGCCAACAUUUGACGAACUGGACCACGAUGAAAUUGCCAGUGCAGCUGAAAGAAUGCGUCCUUGGCGUCAUCCAUCGUUGGAAGAACCCAGAAGAUCAUUGAUGUUGGAAGAGAAAGACACAUUGGCAGCACGUAUCUCAUGGGAAAAAUCUCAGAAAAAGGAUAAACCUAGAAAACCUGGUAGAACAAUGGAGGAAGGGGUUGAGGAAGAGGAAGAAGAAUUAGAAGGGGAAUUAGAAGGGGAAUUAGAAGGGGAAUUAGAAGAAGAAAUACAGUACAUGGAUUAUGAUCCUGACUCGGUUGAAAUCUCAGAAGGUAGAGAAAUCAAUAAGAAAGAAAAAAGGAGAGAAGAUGAACAGCCACCUAGGAUGGAGUCUGAUUGGAGACAAUCCGAUGAAGAGGCAGCAGUAAUCGGGGAUGAGAUUUUUAAGCCGGUACGUCGUACACGAUCGUUGGCUGAUCCAACAGUACCCUUUGAAGUUGGUACCUCAUUCACUGCUGUAGAUCCGAGACAGUUCGAACAAAUUCAACUACCCUCGAAAGAAGAAAAAACAAAAGAUGAAGAGGAAGAAAUAGAAAUAGAAAUAGAAGAAGAGGGUUACGAAGAAGAAGAAUUAGAAGAGGAAUUAGAGGAAUUAGAAGACCGAGAUCUAUCCUCAGCUCAUUCUGAUAGAGAACAACAACAAUCUAGCGGUAGUUCGUGUGAUCGUCGUCGUCGUGGUAUUAUUGAGGACACAGGUUCUGAGGAAUAUUAUCCCCGUGACAAUGUUCCCCAAUUUGACAAAUAUUUCCAACCUGUCAAUGCAUUAGCAGAUGACCUACCAAUGCCAAGUAUUCCUCCAAAAAGACCAGCUAGAAGAUCGUUACGUAAAAGAAAAGAUGAUUCUGUAGAAUCUUACGAUGUUGUUGUACCACCAGCUAGAGUAAAAAGAGAACGGAUGAUUAAACGAGCUAGCGAUGACAUUUCUGACGAUUUAUAUUACGAGGAACGUUCUGACAGUAGUUCCAGACAUCGUGUUGUUUAUCAAGCUGAAUUUGAUCCUAACGAAUUGACCAAACCAACUGAUGAACCAUUGGACGAUAUAGUUAUAGUUAAACCAGCAAGAAGAAAAUCAAGAUCGUCACUUAGAAGUCAAUCCCAAGUACCAAUGGAAUCCGAUAUUAUCUCACGAAACAUCAUACAAAAUGGUGACGUACCUCGUCAACCACCUAUCGUACCAACUAGACGAAAACGAGCUCGUGGAUUGAAGAUUCCAAAUGGUAGAAACGAAGAACAAUUGUUUCCUACGACUAUGUGCAAUGGUCGUAGCGACAAAUGGGAAGAGAAUUUAUUGGCAUCGUCUAGAAUGGGAAUAGAACCAAUAAGAACUCAAGAAAUUCAUAAUAUAAUCCUUAACGCACAAGAGGAUGAUAAAGUGUUAGGAAAAACUCAUCAACCCCAUGCUGAUACACCGAUUCCCGUUCCACCAAAGAGACGUUCCAGAUCGAGGACAAUCUCCUUGGCUCAGGAUGAUGAUCGUACGUCACACGGGGCAGAAUCUUUGCCAGAAGUUGAUGAUUAUGUUCAAGAAGAUAUACCGCAAGACGAGACAAUUCAGGAUUCCAUGAGAGAUUUGUCAGGAUAUGCGUUGGUCGAUAAACGUGAUAAACCGCCGAGACCACCGCCACCUCGUAGACGAAAGAUUCGUGAAAAAUUUGCAACCACACCAAGACCUAGUCCUCCUAAAAGACCCCAACGUACUUACAGUACUCUAACUACAUCAACCAAAUUAAAAGAUGAUUUAUCAUUGGAGGAAAGAAUGCUAGAACAACAACAACAACAAUCAGAAUCUAUGCCAUACAUUGAGAUAGACUUGGAGGAUCGCAAAGAAUUACGCGACGAUCGUGUUUUAAGUAAAAUACAAGGAAGACCAUUACCGGCACCCCCAAGACCACCCAGAGCACGAAAAGAACACAGUCAAGAUCGUUACGAGGAAUCUUUAUCAGAAAUCGUAAACGAAGCAACGACUGCUACUCAAACUGAUCCUCUACCAGAUGACAUGAUCAUAGAAGAAGAAAUAACUCAAGCUAAAUUGAUAGUAACUCCAUCUUUGUCAGGUUCACAAGUUAUGGUAUCCACCGAACGAAUACCUAGUCCUAGUCAUUUCCCAACUAGUCCCGAAUUUGGUCCCAACGAUGACGAGAAAUAUCAUCGUCACGUUGAUACGCCGAGAUCUUCCAGAGAACCUUCCCCAUUCGCUGAUUAUCAUGAAAGAUUUCAAGAAAGGCGUUCACCAAUGAGAACGCAAUUUUCCGGGGAACCCCCACCGCCACCUACGAUUCCUGAAACAACUGCAUUAGAUCUAUCACAAUUGCAAUCACAUUUACAAUCCAUCAUAAGAUCCGCCUUGAUGACUGAUGAAACUCUUAGAAUAAGCAGCUUGGAAGUCGGUGAUCUCAAGGUCGACCGACUUAGCGUGUCCCAAUUAGAAACCAGUAAGUUGUUAGCUUCCGAAAUAGAUGCAAUUUUGAUAUCAACUAGCGAACUGAAAAAUUUACAAGAACCCAAAGAGGAUUCAUUUUCACCGGCUAUUAUCAAAGAACUGAUGGCCAUCAGAAGUCACUUGGAAAAUGUGGCUAGCUCGCAAGCGAGAGAAGAAAGACGUUUGCUGGAUCGAGAAAGUGAUAGGGAGUCUACUUUAAAGGAAAGUACUAAAAAAGAUGUGAUUCAGGAUAAACAAGAAGAUAAAGUUUCAACUAAGGAUCCAUUGAUUAAAUCUACUGUGGAUGAUGACAAAGAAGAUAGUAAAGAUGCUAAAAAGAAAAUCAAAAUUGAAAGUACGGACAAAACGGAAUCCCCGUUAAGUACUUUAUCAUUUGUUGAAAGUACAAUACCAGAUAACGAAACUGUCGAUUCAAUGACGACAAAACGUUUAGAAAUGUUAGAAGGUAAACAAUUAUCAACGCAAAUUCAUCAUUCCGAUUCAAAGUCCAGUUUAACGGCUGAAUUUGAUUUAAUGUCAGAACGUAGGCCAGAAAUAGACGUGAGUGGUGAUCACCAAGAUAAACAAGUUCGAAGUAAAGAAGAAGAAGAAGAUAUAAGAAGUGAGAUUAGUCGGAAAUCUAGAUCACGUUCGUCCUCGCCAACAUCUGAACGAAUUAGGCCAGUACGUCAAACGGCUUCGCCAAUACGAUCAUUGCCACCUGUUAUUUCGGUAACUCCAGAUACACCUGACAUAACUUCACCUUAUAACGUUUCUAACGUAACACAAGCGCAACAUGCUGUUAUUUCAUAUUCCGAGGAUCCAGAUAGAUCUUCUGAUAAUCAGGAAGCCCCAAGAGAAACGUCCCAAUCACCGAUAGCGCCCAAUUUGUCUAGCGGUGUUACGCACUUCAUCGCUUUUCCAACUUCACAAAUUCCAGAAGAAUUUUUAUCCUUGGUCAGAUCAUCCCCGUCCACUUCUACUAGGGUGAUCGAAUCCGAAUUAAGCAUUCGCGAAUCCUCGCGACAACUUCUUAGAGCUAUACGUAUCGUUUGUGCCAAACUUAUUCGAGAUUUCGCGUCACAUUUGGUCUCGAGAGUUGGUGCAGAAGACGCGACUGGAAAAAUUCGAGAACUUGAAUUGGCAUUGUGUGCCUUAUUACUUGUGAUCGCGAUCUUAUUGAUCGUAUAUUUCAGUAAUUCUCGAACAAUAAUGCAUCAUCAUCAUUGGGAUUAUUUCAAUCCUCCGCAAUAAUUGUUAUAAUGAUGGUUGUAAUGAAAUCUUUUUUCAUAAUUCUCGUCCCUUUUUGACAAACUUAUGAACCCGUUAUGCAAUUCUACGCACAAUUGCACAAUAACAAUUUGAUUCGACAUAACCUAUAUCACACUUUGUACAAUUAAGUUUAUUUUAUAUAUAAUGAUAUUGUAUUAUUAUUAUUAUAUGAGGGG